CCCCCCCUUAAAAACAACAACAACAACAACAAAACAUGAUGAUCAUUUCUGGAUAUUGGUGGCGUCUUCUUGGCACGUCCGGGCCGCGCACGCGUGGACUGCGCAGCUUGCACUAAAAAAAACAACACCUUUUUUACCUUGCUGGAUUUUUGAGUUGCGAACCCGAGAGAGGACCGGCGGGACCCCCCCAGACAAGAGGACCUGCGGGCCCCCCCAGACAAGAGGACCUGCGGGCCCCCCCAGACAAGAGGACCUGCGAGCCCCCCCAGACAAGAGGACCGGCGCCCCCCCCCCCCCCCCCAGACAAGAGGACCGGCGGGCCCCCCUCCCCCAGACAAGACGUGGUUCCGCUUAGGAAGGUCGGCCCCUCGGCUCCAUCAUGAUGGUCCACUGUGCGGGCUGCGACAGGCCCAUCCUGGACCGCUUCUUGCUGAACGUGCUGGACCGGGCCUGGCACGCCAAGUGCGUGCAGUGCUGCGAGUGCAAGUGCGCGCUCACCGACAAAUGUUUCUCCAGGGAUGGAAAACUCUUCUGCAAAAUGGACUUCUUCAGGCGUUUCGGCACCAAGUGCGCGGGCUGCCUGCAGGGCAUCUCCCCCAGCGACCUGGUGCGCAAGGCGCGCAGCAAAGUGUUCCACCUCAACUGCUUCACCUGCAUGGUGUGCCACAAGCAGCUGUCCACGGGCGAGGAGCUCUACGUCGUCGACGAGAACAAGUUCGUGUGCAAGGAGGACUACCUGAGCUCCGGGACUAUCAAGGAGGUCAGCCUCAACUCAGUGUCGUCGUGCACGGACCGCAGCUUGUCUCCGGACCUGCAGGACGCGGCUCUGAUGGCGGACGAGCUGAAGGAGGCCGACAACUGCACGUCGUCCGACAAGGAGACCAACAACAUCGAGAACGAGGAGCAGAACUCUGGCACCAAGCGGCGGGGGCCGCGCACCACCAUCAAGGCCAAGCAGCUGGAGACGCUGAAGGCCGCCUUCGUGGCCACGCCCAAACCCACGCGACACAUCCGGGAGCAGCUGGCCCAGGAGACCGGCCUCAACAUGCGGGUCAUCCAGGUUUGGUUCCAGAACCGAAGGUCCAAAGAGCGACGGAUGAAGCAGUUGAGCGCUUUGGGGGCCCGCAGGCACGCCUUCUUCAGGGGGCCGAGGAGGAUGAGGCCCCUGGGUGGGAGGCUGGAGGACCCGGACAUCCUGGGCCCCGCGGCGUACGGCUACUACGGAGAGUACCAAGGAGACUACUACGGGCCGGCCAGCAACUACGACUUCUUCCCCCACGGCCCCCCCUCCUCGCAGGCCCAGUCCCCGGCCGAGUCGCCCUACAUCCUGGGGGCCGGCGCCAUGGAGGCCUCGGACGACCAAAGGUUCACAGACAUGAUCUCCCACCCCGAGACCCCCAGCCCCGAGCCGGGCUCCCUGCAGGCCGGGCCGGGCGAGGCAUACGGGGGCGGGCCCAGUCCCCCCUUCAACUCCAGCUACAGCGCCCCCAUGUCCCACCAAGGCUCCGAGAUGGGAGAGGCGGCGGCCUGGUAGACCGAGGACCACCACACCAUGCCCCACCAAGGCUUCGAGAUGGGGGAGGCGGCGGCCUGGUAGACAGAGGAACACCACGCCAUGCCCCAUCAAGGCUCCGAGAUGGGGGAGGCGGCGGCCUGGUAGACCGAGGAACACCACACAAGGCUGGACUGGAAUUAUUUCACUCCAAAAAAAAACCGCUGAAUUGGUUCCAUUUAGCACAUUUCAACUCAAAUUUGACACCAAAGGGACUUUUUCUUUAUUUGAAAAAAAAAGAAAGGCUGGGGGCCAAAUUUCACUUUUUGUGUUUGCUCUCUGCUUCUUCGGCGUCAAAGCGGAAUGAAUAUUGUAGAAUAUUGUCAUUGCAAGGGGGCGUGUGUACCUUGAUUGGCACACUUCAUGUGUGUGUGUGUGUGGGGG